AUGCGCAGCCAUGUCAAUGAUCGGCGACGCAUUCGAGCUUCUUGCUGCAGCUAUGCCCUAGUGGCCGCAUUGCUGGCAGCGCUAGUGGUGGGCUCAUCGUGGCUUCCAACUUUUGCGCUUGUGCCUCCGAAGGAUGCGGCCGAGGAGCCCCCCAAACUCUUGGGAGCCGCGCAGGCCUCGGAGAGCCAGGGGAACAAUGGGAACACUGAGGGACAGACGACGGGCCCAAUACCCUUUGCCAGAGUGGCUCCACGGAAAUUCCAAAUUCUUUUCACUUGCAAGAUCUGCGAGACGCGAAACUCGCACAUGAUCUCCAGGCUUGCAUACCAGCAAGGGAUCGUCAUUGCGACGUGCCCUGGAUGUGGAAGUCGGCACCUGUUGGCAGACAAGACCGGGCUGCUGGAUGUUGGCAUUUGGGAUGUGGAGCAGCUUGCGCAACAAGGAGAGAACGUGACCCGCUUGACAACUGACGGCUACAAGCAGGUCGGUGAGAACUUGCAGGUGGAAGACCUGCCAAACAUGGUGCAAGACGAGAAGUCUCCAUUGCUCGUGCGGAACAAGGAUGGCUUGAUCGAGGCCCUCCCAGAGGACAAUGUGGGCAUGAGCCGCGCCGCAGACUUCAUGGCAGACACCGCCGACGAAGCCUACAAGGGGGUGGUGAAGCUGGUGUGGAAGAUCCACAUGCUGAGCACCAGGCUGGCAAGCGUCCACGCGACUGUAUCCAGAGUUUUCGGUGCGCAGAUGGGCAAGACGUAUGGGAUUCCCAUCAAAGCCAUUUGGCCUCCUAUCCUUUGGUCAGAGGAGUUCAAAGCAGACCCAUCAGAGUGGACGGACCAGGCGCAGGCUUUGCGCUCAGAGUGGUUGGCGAAACUGCGCGCGCAGGGUUGCCAAGAGCCUCGGGCAAUAUUUCUGUCUGCAGGCCGAUGGUCUGCUGAAAAGCGAAUCCAUUUGUUGUGGGAGGCACUGCCGAAGGACUGCGCCUUGGUUAUCGUGGGCGAUGGAACUUCCGGCUACUGCCAGACUGUGAUGGGUGCCCCGACAUCAGGCUGGCCAAAUGUGCUGCCGUUGCGGAAGAUGCUAAAUGGCAAGGAGCUGCGUGCCGCGUACGCGGCCAGCGACCUUUUCGUUUCAGCUUCCAAUUUUGAAACGCUGGGCAACACCGUGAUUGAGGCGCUUUGCUCGGGCACGCCUUGCGCUUUGCAGCCAGCCCAGGGCCACCUGGAGUUUGUCAGGGAUGGGGAGAACUCCUGGCUAGUGGACUUCGAUGAUGCUGAAGCAGCGCGUGCCAAGCUACAGCUCAUUGUGCAGCGAGGCUUAGACGCUACAUCCCUCAACAAGGCAACCUCAGAAAAGGUCAAUCUGGUCCAGCUGCGGAGUGUGCCAGAACCCCUGUAUCCGACUGUAUCCUUCAUGACAUUUGCUCCAAUUGCCAGGCAUCUGGGCCCCUUCCCACCUUGUACGCAGCACUGGCAAGAAGAGAUGGGAGCCUUCAUCCUCGGACCUCUGCAUCCUCGGAUCCUUGCAGCCAUUCCUGGCUUUGCCAAGAUGGGCCACAAGUUGCGGACAAGCAAUUUCGCAAGAGACUUUGACGAGUGCGUGUUGCAGAAGGCUUUGGCGGAAGGAAAUCUGCAGCGAAGCUUGGUGGGAUGGCUGCUGGAGAUCUGCAAGAGAAGUCUGGCCUUCUUGCUGUGCAUCAUUCUUUUCUUCUUCUUGCGAACCUUUACAAGGAUUGCCUUCAUCACUUCGGCAGACCCGCAGUUCGAGGUGCUAGGGCAGCUUGGGGGCGCGGUUGAUGACGGCCGAGGAAAAUCCGUAUGGACCUUCCCUUGCAUGAGGAUUUUCGCAACGUGCGAAGCCCGGGACCCUGCGGCGGCGAGCGCCGCGGAGGAGGGCACAGACUAUGAGUCUCACUUCAGGCAAGGCCGAUGUGUGCACAUUUGUCACGCCUUGCAUGCGCAGAUGCAUCACAAAGUAGUUGCUGCCGCUUGUAAGGGGCUUGUUGGCUCAAGGAACUCCCUGUUGGCAAGCCUAAGCUCGGUCAGAAUCCAGAAAACGUGGGAGCACACAACUAUGGAGGCGGCGUGCACGCGUCGACAGCUCCCCAGUCGUACGAUGGCUCUGCUGGCGGUGAGGAUGCAGGCAAGUCAGCAACAGCCGCAACAGCGAGAACCUCGCAUUUCAUUGACAACGGCAGAUAACUGCGGGCAUCAGGUUAGGCGACUAGACGUUGCAGGCCCCCAGCACAAGGUACGGCAAUGCAUGACUACGGUGGCAAAACAGCUGCGGGAGUGA